AUGUGUGGACUGGGCGUGAAUCUCAUGAAGAGCCUAGGCAUUUGGAGCAGUGCUGUGAAUAUGGGCGUUGAUGCUGUGGUUGUGUUGUAUUACGUGGUUAUUGGUGAGGGGGACGACGCGCACUGUCGCGCAUGCAGAAAACUUGCGCAGCUGUUACAGGAGCACAAUAUUCGCAUGGAGGACAUCAGCAGUGAGCACCUGUGGUUCAGCGCACGGACAGGCGCCGAGAUGCUUGUCUUGGCUGGUAAUGAUAAGGGCGUCGCCGGUUUUGGCGAUGUUUGGCAGGUUGUAAACCACUCGGGACCGCACGGUACUGCCAUUGACUGCAAGUUUACGGAGGUGCUGAAGCCGGUGCCUGCUGUGGAUAUCUUGUUUUAUUAUCUCAGGAUCAAGCCAUUGAUUGAGCCAACACGCCCACUGUGA